AACUUCAGUUUCAUCUCAAUGCUUCCCGUCCGCUGCAGCACGAGGGUCUGUUAUGUAGUCCAGUGUUUUACAAUGACCUCUCCUUACUUCAUGCACAGCAGGUCUGUUAUCACUCGGAGUGGUGGUCUAAAGGCUGACUGCGCACCUGCGGCCUCUCUCAGGUCCAAACUCACCAGCAGACGGAGAGAUGUGGGUCCAGUCUCCUCUGUGGAGGUGAAGGUGGAGGAGGAUGAGGAGGAGGCGAGGAUCUGUGAGCAGAGACCCUCCUCGGCCUCCUUAUCAGCGGGUGGCUGCCAUCCAAAAACGGAAACAGACACUUUACCAUUGUCUUCACACAGCCGCAGGAGGAGACAGCUAAAAGUGGAAUAUGACAAGGACGAAGGUGUUACACCGGUGAAGACUGAACACUGGGAACCUCCCGACUGGAAGAAACAACUGGGAUACAUUCGUGAGAUGAGGAGCGGCCGUGAUGCACCUGUAGAUAGCAUGGGAGCAGAGAAAUGCUACGACAGAGAGGCUCCUGCACAUGUGAGACGUUUCCAGGUGUUGGUUUCACUCAUGCUGUCCAGUCAGACAAGGGACCAGGUGACGGCAGCAGCCAUGCAGAAGCUCCGAGCUCACGGCUGCACUGUAGAAAACAUACUCACUACUGACGAUGAAGCACUGGGAAAACUCAUCUACCCUGUCGGCUUCUGGAGGACUAAGGUGAAGUAUCUGAAGCUGACAUCGGCCAUGCUGCAGAAAGAGUUCGGAGGCGACAUCCCAGACAGCGUGGAAGGGCUGGUGCGCCUGCCAGGGGUUGGACCUAAGAUGGCUCACUUGGCUAUGGACAUCGCCUGGGACCAGGUGUCCGGCAUUGGUGUGGACACACAUGUGCAUCGUAUCGCUAAUCGGCUGGGCUGGGUCAGGAAACCAACCAAGAACCCGGAGGAAACACGCAAGGCCCUGGAGGAGUGGUUACCCAGGGAGCUGUGGAGCGAGAUCAACUGGCUGCUCGUGGGUUUUGGACAGCAGGUUUGUCUCCCUGUCAGCCCUCUCUGCUCUGUGUGUCUGAACCAGCACAGCUGUCCAUCCGCCCACAAGAUCUCUCCUACAAAGAGGCCUAAAGCCGGAUCCCCACGGUCUCCAAAUCCAACUGAACCUGAACAACAAUCUGCCAUUAAACACGAGAGGACAAAGGAGGAGCCGCUGCCCACACCUGUUUCCCCCACUGCACCGAGAAGGAAGCUAAAAAGCAAGAAUAAUCGUUGAUUUAGCUGUCACAGACGUUUUUGUCUGAGCCGUUACCGAAUGUUGGACGAGAAAAGUUCAAUGUAUACGCACACACUGGAAACAUGCAUCUAAGCUAAACAUCGAUGAUUCGGGAUGUUUUCAUCACAGUUUUAUUUGACACUAUAACUGCACUGUUUACACUUUAUAUGAGAUCAAAUAUUUUUGUACUGUUAGUGCUUUACCAAAUAAAACCAUAUAUGUACUGAG